UUCGUGUUUUGUUUUCUAUCUUAUUGUCUGAAGGAAUUAACAAAAUUUAGUAAAAUACAAAGUGCUUCAUACAGAAGAACGUUUAAUUGUACCUAAUGGCUCAUUUCGUAACUCGAAUGAUACAAACAACGAGGGACGAAGAAAGUCAGCAAUUAAUGACAGUGUGGCCGGACAUUAUUCAUGAUGUCACAAAAGCGAUUGAAAAUUUCAACAUUCCAGAUGUUGCAAAAUGGAUGGAAAAAGUACUACAGUACAAUGUUCCAGGGGGGAAAAAAAUUCGCGGUUUAGGGCUAAUUUAUGCCUACAAGUUACUAGCACCAAACGAUCAACUGACAGAAGAAAACAUUCGUUUAGCCCGGAUUCUAGCAUGGUGUGUGGAAUUGACGCAAACUUAUUUCCUCAUGAUGGAUGAUAUAGAAGAUCAAUCGUUAUUUCGCCGAGGCCAACUAUGUUGGUACCAAUACAAUGAUCUCAAUUUAGCAGCAAUCAACGAUACUUUUAUGUUACAGAACUCCGUAUUUUAUCUAAUUCGAAAACACUUCAAAGGAAAAGAUUGUUACGUUAAUCUAUUAGAAAUAUUCCAAGAUAUCACAAUGAAAUCAACAAUGGGCCAAAGUUUAGAAUUGCUCUGUAGUAAUUUUGGUAAAAAGCCAAAUCUGGAUAUAUUUACGAUGGAUCGAUAUAAUUCCAUUAUCGAAUACAAAACAGCGUAUUAUACAUAUGUUUUCCCAAUAACUGCAGCAAUGCAUUUAGCUGGAAUAAAAGACCAAGAGAUGUUCAAGGAAGCAAAAACAAUCUCAUUAGAACUAGGGUGUUUCUUUCAAGUUCAAGACGAUUAUGUGGAUUUGUUUGGAAAAUUUGAUGUCUGUGGUAAAGAUGGUACUGAUAUUCAGGAAGGAAAAUGUACAUGGUUUGUUGUUGUAGCGCUUCAACGUGUUACUCCAGAGCAGCGUAAAAUAUUAGAAGAGUGUUACGGAGAUUCGGAUCUAGAGAAGAUACAACACGUGAAACAACUUUAUAAUGACUUAAAUCUGCUGGACGCUUAUUUCAAAUAUGAAGAAGAAACAUACAAUCUAAUAAAAGUACACAUAAAGCAGAUAUCGUCCGGACUUCCACACAAUCUUUUUUUGGACAUAUUAGAGAAUCUUUGUCAUAGAGUGUCAUAAAACAAUCAUAUAUUGAAGAAAGAAACUAAUGUAUUAAUAAUAAGAUGGAGCAAAAAGCAUUCUACC